AUGACCAAAGGACGCUACAUCGUAAGGACCUCGUUCCUCAUCGUACUCAGUAGUGGUCGUGGCCGUUUAAAUUUGGACCUAUACAGCUUGAAAAAUUCAAACUGUGGCCAUGAAAAUCUGGAUAAUGAGGAUUUACAAAAGGAAGAUGUUGAGGUUGUAAUUAUGGAUAGGUUAAUGAAUUUCUGCAACCAAAAUGGGGAUAGAAUUGAGGAUAUUAAGCCAGAGUUGGCCGAGGUUUUGAGUUUGUUUGAGGAAGUAGAGCCUAGUUUUGAAGAAAUUAAAGAAGCUUUUGAUAUGUUUGAUGAAAAUGGAGAUGGAUAUAUUGAUGCAAGUGAGUUGAUGAAAAUUAUUGGGAGAAUGGGUUUCUCUGAAUUUUCAGUGGAGGAUUGCAAAAAGAUGAUUAUGGCCUUUGAUGAAAACAAAAAUGGAAGAAUUGAAUUUCGUGAAUUUGUGAAGCUCAUAGAGCAGAGCUUUCGGGAACCUGAUCAGAGCUAG